AUGAUUAUUAUUUUUAUAUCGUUUUUUGUGGCUAUAGCAGAGCAAACAACAUUUUAUGGUACUACGUUAAAUAUCUUCAAAAACUAUAUUAAUGUUUAACAAACAGCUACAUCCUUUUUGAAUAAAGUUCAUGAACGUACAGAGUAGCAUGAAGAAAUAUUCAAGAAAUUUUUAUCCAUAUUAGAAAGAAUAGAUGAUUUAUAUGACUAGCAAGAGAAAUUAUUGAUUUUUAAUGAUGCUAACAUUGAGUAUGUUUUAAAAAAAACCAGAAAAAAUUAUAAUGACAAAAUUAAUCAGAUAUCUGCCAAUAUUGAUAAGAACACUGAAUAAUUGGAAAGGUUGGAAUAGAAUCUGUAAAAGAAUAGCACUGCUUCAUUGAAGAUAAUUGAAGAACUAAAAAAUCUUUCAUCCCUAAUUUAAGAGGUAUUAAAAGAUAAUUUCAGCGUAAAUUAUCAAAAGGUCAUACCCUUCCUCAAUGAAAAAAUCUAAUCAUAAUAUUUUACUCAAUUACAAAAAUUAAAAACAUUAGACUAUUAAUUAUUGGUGAAGGAAUUAGAAAAAUAUUCUUCUUUCAUUUCAUAGCAAACCAUAAAAGAAAGUAAAAAAAGAGACUUAGCCAAUUGUUAUUCACUGAUCAAUAGCGUGCUUAAGUAGGCUUUAAUUUUAUUGCUAUCUGAAAAAUAAUAAUAACAAUAUGAAAUGUCCAUCAAAGCCUUAAUAAUUAGAGAAGAUAAUAAAUAGUUAACUCAACAAUUACAACAAAUCAAAAGACUAAAACGCUUAUUUGAAGAUAGUUAAGAAUUCAAAAUAACCCUAAUGAAAUAGUAUAGGGAAAAUAUCAAAUUUGUUUAGUUCAAGAAAAAAUAGUUUCGAGAGCAAGCUAGAAAAAUAAUUGAAGUAAAUGAAGAGAAAACUAAAAUGUUUAUUAAUGAAGAAAAUAUAUUAAAUUAAUAUAUCUAAUGA